AUGAGCGACCACAACUUCAACGAUGGGAACCGGGCAUUCCUACAGGCAAUCCUAUCCCGAGGUUCUAUCACCUUUGAGGAUUCCCGCCCUAUCCUCGCUGCGAUACUCAACGCCGACCGCGGCGAAGACGAAGGAGAUGUAAUCCGACCGGGCCAGAUCACAGAAGACCAUUUUCAAGAGUACAUGGACAAGGCAUCUGAAGCGGCAUCACUCUUCGACUAUGAAAUUCGCACCACCAUCCACCAGACGACGAAGCGGCGCAUUUAUGCUCUGGUCAACACCACUUCCGACCCGCAGACCCAGCUCGCCACGACGUAUAACCCCGACGAACUCUCAUUUAUCAAGCGAGUUUUUGAUGCCAUGUUCGACAAGUUCAACACUCCGCGGAUGGAAGUGCUCGCCAUCACCGAAAUGCAGGCGAUCAAGUGCGCACGACCGAGGCAACAAGAGGUUGAAGUCGACGUGGAUGCGCAAACACAGACACCAGCCGACAAGGGCUUGAAGCACAGCGAAGUUGAGGCUGUACUAGCAAGCCUGGUUGAGGGAGGCUGGUUCGAGAAGAGCGCCGAGGGGUUUUACACCUUCUCACCCCGAGCACUGCUUGAACUGCGGCCCUGGCUUGUUGAGACCUACAAUGAUCCAGACCUUGACCCGCGAGAAUGGCAGCGGAUCAAGUUUUGCGAAGCAUGCAAGGACAUUGUCACAAUCGGCCUAAGAUGCCUGGAGCUGGAGUGCAAUUUUCGGUUACACGAUGUCUGUCAAGAAGCAUUCUGGCGAACAAGGCGGGAACAAAGAUGCCCCAAAUGCUCUAGAGAGUGGACAGGCCAGAAGUACACUGGCGAACGAGCCGUAACAUCAACAGACGCGUUCGAGAGAGGCCGGCGAAGAGGCGGCGGUUGGCGAAGAAGCACACUAGCCGACGAUAUCAUCCGCGAAGAAGGAGGCGUAGCAGACGAAGCCCAGGAUGAGGAUGAGGAGGAAGAGAAUAUUUAUGACGCGGAUUGA